CGUGUUCAUCUACCCAAGGAUGAUAUCUUUACCGAGUGUGCUAUUCAAGAUGAACGUCAGCUUUCUCUAGAAGCCCGUCGAUCACGCCGCGCGCGCCUCCUUUCUCAUUUAGACCUUUCAAGUUUUAUAGAUCACGACGUCGGAUCUGGCUAUGGCUGUUCAUCGGACUACGCAGAUGCAGCUUCUGUAACCACCGACAGCAAUUCAGGAAUCGCUUUUGCUAACGGGGUUCCAUCCGCCAAUUCAUCUAAUGCCACAGGAAUCAAUUCUGGUCUAACUCCGUUAAACAAGUUGUCAGCCAACCAGCUACUGUUACGCAGGUCUAAUAAUCAUUCAAUAAUGGUGCUCAAAUCCCUCAGUGCUACUGACGCUAACCAUUCCGUUUCUCACAACCCUGGCGAGGCCGCAGGUCUUGCAAGCCAGCCAACACCCUCUGCUCCUUGCUCAUCCUAUUUGCGUCGUCACGUCUAUCCAGACGAACUAGACGAGCCAGUGAAAACACCUGUGCGUGAAUUACACCUUACUCGAGUUGAGGAUUAUUUAGAGGGCCCUGUGGCCGGGAAACUGGGCGGAAGCAACUCAUUGUCUGGUGGAAUCAGUUCUUCCUCUUCCGGAUUGAAGAGAUCAACUGACCUUAGUAAACAGCAGCAACAUAUGACCGCGCUCCGGAUCCAGGAGCUCAAUAAGGCUGCAUUAUCUAGGUUCCGUGCCCGACUCUCGGACUAUGUGAACAAGCGACGUCGUUUGUCUGACGGUUCUACUGUCGGGUUACACAAUAGUUCCAAUAUUCCGUCUCUGGGAGCUACCCUAAACUCUCCCCAUGCACGUUUUGGAGGUGCGGGGCGCACAUUGACAGCAAUCAAUGCCCAGCUUGCGCUCACAGACGUCUCACCUGGUGGCAUACUUCUGGGAGGUAAGCCAAAGACUUCUUUGGGCUCUGUUGGCUUUGCAGUGGUUAACGAGUCAGAUGGGCUAUCCUCAAGUGUCAAGCUUUCUGUCGGACCUGGGGGUUCUGUUACUAAUAUGUCGGGCAGGCGAUCACUUGGCUUCUCUGGACAUCAUCACCAGCCUGUUCUUCUUAAUCCAGACCAGUCUCGGGAGCUGAAUAUGCUUUAUUCCGGGGCGGCCGAACUGCUACGGCACUUUUGGGCCUGCUUCCCUGUAACUACAUCGGGUCUGGCACACAAGCUCGAUCGCAUCGCAGCUAGUCUGAUUCGGUUUCGAUCUACUAAGCUGGCACAAUUCGCAGCAUCUGUUUCAGGUGGUGCUGGCUCUGUUGGAUCGGGCAAUGCUUCUUCCGUAUCCGCCACGAGUAAUGUUGGCAAUAGUAUUGGCCUCUCAGCCGGUGGUGUAAGCUCAGGUGGUUCUGGAGGCACACUAAAUCUCGCUGCAAAGACGACGUCCAUAGUUUCAUCAACUGGGGCCCCCACGGGUCCCGGAUGUAUGUCAGCCACAACCUCAGGAGUGCCGAGCUCUGGAGAUGGAGAAGGUCGCGUCACAGGACAUCUAGAAGCGAUGCUAGAUGCUGCAGAGCAAAAGUAUGCUGAAUGGAAAGCUAGGAAGCGUCGAUAG